CAAGUCACAAGCCACAGGUAAACACGUAAAGUCGAGCGUUCGAUCCCACCAGGUGUCUUGCUCGAAAACGAAGAAAAAGCAAGCCCCAUAGCCAGAAGUGAAACGAGUAUAGAGAAGAAGAAGAGGAAUAAAGAAAGAGAAGAGUGCAACAUAUAUACGGACCAGCUGCAAAGUGCAGAGGAGUGGACUUGCGUCCGGCGGUGUCCCGAGCGUUGACCGUCUUGGGGGUGACGAGCUUCUUGACUCGCGCGAGAUCACCGGUUUUACAGGCCUCGAAGAGCUCGCGCAACGGGUCCUGAGUCGGGCCACCCGGGCCGAGAGAGUCCGCCGAAGUCAACACCGACCGUCGUCCUGCCAUCUCACACCGCCAUUUUCACGCGACUACUCGCUCGCUCGCGCUCGUGCAUGAUUCAUCGAAGAUGGCAGAAAAACCAAAAUUACCGAGUCACGUUAAACAUGUACCAAAAGAUGCCCAGGUUAUUGUAUCAAUUAUGAAAGAUAUGGGAAUAACUGACUACGAACCAAAAGUAAUCAACCAACUGUUGGAAUUCACAUACCGCUACGUCACAUGCAUCCUUGACGAUAGCAAAAUCUAUGCCAAUCACAGCAAAAAGAAAUUCAUUGACUUAGAAGAUGUGAGACUUGCAGUGAAAUUGCAGCUUGAUCGUACUUUUACAAAUCCACCUCCAAGAGAUGUUCUGAUCGAAGUGGCUAAAGCCAAAAACAGCAUCCCAUUACCAUUUGUGAAGCCAAACAAUGGACUUCGAUUGCCACCUGAUCGCUAUUGCUUAAAUGGAACAAAUUACAAACUCAAAUCUCCAGUAAAAAAAUCUGGAAAGGUAGGAUUUGGAAAUGCAGGCAGCUUUGGAAGUCAAUCAAGAGGAAGAAUGGAGCACAAAGGAUACUCCAUAGUCAAGAGACCAGGAACAUUGGCAACAGUUGCAAGGACACAGACCAUUUCUAUGUCCAAACCAGUAUAUAAAUUUUCUACAGGUACCACAGCUAAUUCAGUGAAAUCUCAGCCAUCGGUACAGACUCCUAUGCAAGUCACAAUAUCCGAACAAAACCAAUCAUCCAUUAAGACAGAACCUGAAGACCCCAUCAAAACAAAGAAGGAAGAAGAGAACUAUGACGUUACUUAGUUCGUUAUAUAUAUUUCCGUUUGAGAAAAUGCACAAUUAUUUUCGAGGACAGUACACUGAAAUUUCGAAUCCUCUACAAUUCGUUUUUUUUUUAUUUGUACAAAAGAGUUGCUAGUUAUUCUAAAUGAAAUUAGCGAAUUUUCAAAGUAUUAUUUUCUACCUAAUUGUAUUAUAUUUAUAAAUGAAUUGUUGCAACUUGCAAAAAUGACAACAAAGCUAUUGCUGUGUAAAAAGCAAUUUACUGCUUCUACGUUUUAGUAGAGAUUGAAAAAUGUUUUCUUCUUCUAAAUCACCAAAUAACUUAUAUAUACACACACGCCUGCUAAUACUCAUUCAAGUGCUUCUUUACAAGCACUGUAUCAUGCGUAAUAUUCAUUCAUUAUAUUUCUAAGAGAAUUUCAGUGUACUCGCGUGGCGCUUACGAAUGUAAGGAAAGCUAUAUCUGUAAUUAACUCCGACAUUCAAAAAUAAAUCGAUCUUUAUUAAAGAUAC